UACAUUGUUGAAUGCAGACGGGUUCACAAUGCGCACAGCAUGAGUAUGUCCUUGCCGCCAGCUGAUGUAUUGUGACAGCAAAUUGGUCGGCAGUCAUGGCCAAGGUUGGCAAGGAUUUAACAAUGGAACGGACGAGCAUGAGGAAACGAUAGGCUAAUUGAACUCUCAACAAAUAAAUCAGGUAGACAUGUACUGUGAGUGACUAAACAUGGAAAGAGGACAACGCUCCAGUUUUAGAGCAGAGAACAAACAACAGAUGAUGAAUGUCCGCUUCCAAGAUACCAGCCAAUCCGCAGAGAUUCUACCCAACUUGAACAAGAUGCGGAAACAGGGUCAGCUAACGGACACUACAGUUCAUGUUGGUUCUCAAAGCUUUCCUUGCCAUCGAGCUAUCCUGGCAUGCUGUAGUGAAUACUUCUUGGCCAUGUUCUCGAACGACUUGCGAGAGAGCGACGACGGGCAGGUGUAUUUAGACAAGAUAGAUCCCGACAUCAUGGAACUAUUGAUCGAGUACGCCUACACAUCCAUCAUCAUCAUUGACACAGCAAAUGCUCAGGCAUUACUGGAAGCUUCAAGCAGACUCCAGUUUGAGAAAGUUGUGGGGGCAUGCUGCCAGUUCAUUGAGAAGAAUCUUGAUCCGUCCAAUUGUCUAGGAGUGCUGAUGUUCGCUGACCAACACUCCUUAUCGGGACUUUACCAGGCUGCGCUGGCGUACAGUCUGGACAGAUUUGAAGAUGUCUGCAAGCAGGAAGAGUUUCUUCAGUUGAAGUCCAAUCAGCUUGCAGAGUAUCUGUCUCACGAUGCUUUGAAUGUGUCCAAAGAGGAGAUGGUGUAUCACAGCGUUGCCCAGUGGAUGGAAUCGAAUAAGGAUCUAGAUUCCUCGGAGCUGCGCAAGCUUCUUAGUUGUGUCCGUCUGCAUUACCUCACUCCAAAACUUCUGAAGUCCCUAACAGAAAAUCCUGAUAUCACAGAGAACCUGAAAACAUUGACUUUGGUCCACCAAUCUUUGGAAACCCAGAAAAAGCUUCAAAGUGAAGGGCAAACACAGGGGCUCAUCUAUUCCAGGCCCAGAUUGUCUACCAUGGCUGAAGUCAUGGUGGUUGUAGGAGGUUAUCGAGACGAUCACAGCUGUGUCACUGACGUCAGGUUCUUGAAUCCACUUCUAAAAAAAUGGGAGACUCUCACAAGUAUCCCCCAACCAGUGAGCGAAUUUUCGGUCACUCGCCUUGACAACUGUAUCUACAUCAUAGGAGGAAAGCUGAAGGCCAGCUUUUCGGAGUUGGUUUACUGCUACGACGUUGAGAAGAACAGGUGGUGUACGAUGUCGGGCUUAAACUUUACACGUCAGCAUCAUGGCUCUGCCGUGAUCGGCGAUCAGAUCUUUGUCGCUGGCGGCGAACAGAGAUUAGGCUUUGUCUCCGAAGUUGAGAGCUUCAGUCCUUGCAGGAACGAAUGGCAGACGGUGACUAAACUCCCCGAACCAGUCACCAGUCCCGCCAUCGCAUCCCAUCAACAGAAGCUGUUUGUUGUCGGGGGUCUUGCCACCCAAGCGACGACCUACCGUCAUAUUCAGUGUCUCGACACAGUCACAACUCAGUGGACCAUCAUUGAAACCGUCCCGAUCACAAGCCGUCACUUCCCGGCCUUGAUGUUGAAUGGUUACAUGUACAUUCUGGGCGGCUGCGGUCGUAACGGGAUGCAGGUCUACGAUCCGGACACCGAUACCUGUCUACCAUCGAUGACCAUGUGUAACACAGAGAGACAUCUCUUUGCCGCUGUGGCUCUACAAAGACAAGGAGUCAUCUUAGUUGCCGGAGGGAUGCGUAAUUAUGAGGCGCUGACGUCGGUGGAAGCAUUCAGUCCGGUCGCCACCUAUUGGUCAAACGUGGUCGAUAUGCCUCGUGCACUGAGAGUCCAUGGUUGCGGUGUGACCAUUCAUAGAUAUUUGGGGCCCCCAUUCUACUAAGAUGGAGAAACUUGACCAAAAUUUACAUACAUGUAAGAGCGAUUCCAUCGUUCAGAAAGAAAGUGUAAUGUCCUUGAAAGAGCCAAAUAACAUAAUUUAUGAUUCAGAGAAACGAUCCAAAACUCCUAGUCUGUAAAACUCUCCUUUCAUGAUGUAUGUGAGAUUUGAAAAAUAUAUUUUCAGGUUUACUCUCUCAGUUCUUAAGAGCUCUUUCACAGACAUUACAUAACGCUGGAAUUGGCCCACAUAAACCAAAAACUGUUAAUACUAGCACUGUCUGCUUAAAAUUCCUUGAAAUAAUGUUUAGAAACCUUUGGGGAUACCCGCAUGAUGCACAGUAGCAUCAAUGUAAUGCGAUUAUUUUCACUGUCAGAAAAUUGUCUGGGAACUUGAAAAUGCCUGUACAUGUAGAUCACUUUCCAACCUGAACAAAAAUGUACAUAUUGGCUCAAAACUUUGCAUAAGGCCAAAAAAAAAAAA